CCAGCUUUUCGCAUCGUAAUCAUCGCAGUGCAAAGAAUCGGGAGAAGUAACGGUAUGUCAUACUGCCCCAACCAGCAACAACAACUUUUUUCAAAUCAAAAUCAGCUCGUUCUUCUUUAUUUUGUUAGACUGACUAGCUAGUUUGCAAGAGUCGAGUGGAAGAUGUCGUCGUUAGACCCCACUCCUGUGAUGUCCACAAGCAGGAACGGCAGUGGAAGCAUGUCCCGUCCACCGGGAGAGAAUGACGUGAUUGUAGGCCCAGGAUGUAGCAAACACCCUGGCAACGUUAAGUUUCGCAAUCUCAUCAAGGCGUACAAGAGAGCUCGCAUUCAGACCAAUCCCAAGAUUGAUACUAUACAGGCCGUUAAAGAAGUGGUCGCGUUUUGGCGGAACUUGUCCCCUCGAGGCCGUUUUUUGGCCCAGAGCAAGACGGAUGGGCAAUGGCAAGAAGUGGAUGAGUCUCAGACGAUGCGCAUUGCCUCCUUCUUCCUCAUGAGUAGCAACGAAAGAGGAGAGCUGAAGCGUCAGAAGUCUGUUGAUGCCAUGAGGGACGUCAAGAAGGCUUCUGCUGUCACCUCCAUGGGGCGAGACCCGCUGAGUUCGUCGUCUCAUCACGGACAACUACCAGUGCAGCCUGUGCAGUCUCAGCAGAGAAUCAAGCGUCCCAGUGGACAACAAGACAUGAUGGGAUUGGGCGACUUUGAACCUGUGCCCAUUGGUCCGGUUAGGUCGAAGAGCGCAUCUGCCAAGUCCAUGGGGGGCGCCUUUGAUUGUGGACCGGACAAGACCCAAAGUGGAAUGAACAUGAUGGGCUUCGGAUCUGGUAAACCACAGAACAACAACAACUUUAACAGGAUGUCCCAAGACUUUCACGAACCUACCAAACCCAAAGCUCAGCCCAAGCUAGACCCAGACUUUGGGAACUUUGACUUCAACCCCAUCCCGCUUGGCAAGGACGAUGACUUGUUUGAUCCCCUUCCUGCGGACUUUGGAAUGUCCUCAGGAUCAGGAAACAGCAAGGGACAGUUUGGUGGAAGUCCUUCGCAGCAGCAGCAAGACCAACUCCAGCUCUCCGUCAACAUGGUUGUCCCUGGGUCUGCUAACUUCCAACUCACCACGGACACUGGAAACGCAAGCAUCCAAAUAUCCACGUCGCAAGGCCAAAUUCAGGGAAUGGGCGACCAACAGCAACAUCAGAGCCAACAAAAGCAACAGCAGAGCCAAAAGCUAAUGGGAAUGGGAAUGAAUCCCAAUGGCAACGGAAGCAGCGGCAGCCACAACAAUGCCGGCAUCGGUGGCCAUCAACCUCAGAUGAAUGAUCUCGGCUUUUUUGGCGGCGGUGACAAUAAUAGCAGCAGUGGUGGUAAUGGUUCUAUGAUGGGUGCCAGCGGCAAUGGCAACGGAUCCUCCAGGAACAGUGCCAACGCUAUGAUGAUGGGAAACACCAACAACGGCAUGGCCAUGAACCAAAUGAUGGGCCAAAACAACGGCGGAAACAUGAUGAUGAAUAUGAACGGCCAGAAUACAAGAGCAGCUUCUCGAACGGUGGCAAUAACAUGACGAUGGGAAACACCAACAACGGCA